AUGUCUGCGCCCAGUGUAACACGUUUUGGAUGACAGUCAACUGGAAGAAUCAAACCAUUUUAAAUUUUUUUUGGUCAUUUUAAUUUAAUUCACACCUGUGAUAUGGUAGAAUUUAGGUCUUGGAAGGCUUGCUGGCCUCGUGAGGGCCAAGUUAUAACUUGUAAUUGCUUCUAGUCGUCGGUGUUGAUAGGGCUGUUGUUGUGGCGUGUAGUACGUGUAUGCCCAACUUGUUACCACUACAAAGUAUCAGCACCAGAAAGUCAUGGGGAAACCCAAGAAACAGAAAGCAUCAGCGGUUGCUAGUCAAAGUGCGAAACAGGACAAUGUUGAUGAAAAAGGAAAGAAAAACUACUCAUUUGCUGCGACCACAGGGGAAGAAAUUGACAUUGAUGGAUUACAGAAGGUUAUCCUCCCACCAGCAAUUGAGAAAGAUGUAUUAGAUUUAAUACAGGAGAGUCAUAAAAACCGUCCACCAGGGGAAGUGUCCAAGAGAUUAACAUCAAAGAAACUCACAGAUGUGUAUGAAAGUUUAUCACAGACUGGUUUCAAGCAUGAUCAGAUUGAGAAGGCCAUGAAUCACAUAAUACCUCUAGGGGGAGACUUGGUGGAUGCCCUGGACUGGCUGUGUUUGGUUUACUCCCAAGACAAACUGCCUGAAGGUUUUUCUGAAACUCUUCAGCAGGAGGAGGUGAAAAAGAGACCAAAGUUUGAUGUGGAAAGAUUCAGCACAGCACCAGUUCAGCAAAUUCCUGUGCAUCAGGAAGUCCAACCUUAUGAAAAGCCAGCUGUAACUGAUACCAAAGCGUCGUCUGGAGCCAUGAAGGACUGGAUAUUACAGUAUGCUGGUCACACUUCAGAGGAGGAAGAAGAGGGUCCAGAGGAAGAGACUUCUGGCAAGACGCUUGAUCCAAAUGAGAAGUAUUUGGAACUGACAGCCAGACUUCUGGACGCACGAUCACAAGCUGGUCAGGCUAAACAGGAAGGCAACAAGAAGGGUCAGAAGGAGGCAUCUUCUCUUAUCAGGAAGCUUACUUUGGAAAUGGAUGUACUUGAGUGUCAUGCUAACUUCAACCCUGCCAUUAAGAUCAAGGAUAUUGAUAAAGAGAAAGAUAAACCACCACAUGUUAACCCUGUGGGUGGGGCAGAUGCUGGGGCAGGUCCAGGGGCAGACGAUGACGACUCACCCAUGGAUAUGUCUGCGCUAUUUGCUGAAUCAGAGGAUAAGCCAAAACCAGUGAAGAAUCCAGCAGUGAAGAAGGAAGCGUUGGACAUUCGAAACUUUGAGUAUACACGUCAGCAGUGGACAGGUAAAUCUCCAAAACAAUUCCUGAUAGACUGGGUGAGAAAACACCUGCCCCAAAGUAAACCACCAUCCUACAAGAAAACCCAGGUGCGAGGGAACCUCCAUAAGUGCCAGGUAACAGUACAGAGAAAGAAGACAGGAGAUCUGAUUGUCACGCCUGAGAUCUUGUGUGAGAACAGUAAAGAUGCUGAACACCUUGGCUGUACAUUGGCUCUCUACCACCUGUGUAAAGGCCAGUCUGUGUAUCAACUUCUUCCUCCACCAUAUCGUGAUGUCUGGCUGGAGUGGGAAGGAGCAGAAAAGAAGGAGAAAGAAGCCAAGAAAUCUGAGAAAAACAAGCCGAGAGAUCAGUUCCUCAGCAAGCUGCUGAAGAAACUCCAAAUGGAAGAUGUGAAAGAAAUCAACAAAGUGCAAGAUUUCAAAGAGGACACUGAGGAAUCGUGGGAAAGUCUAGCAGAUGAUGAUUCAGAUGUUAACAUCAAGCAGACAAAGGUAACCCAUGGCCAUGAAAGGAGAAGACAUUUGGAUGGGGAGCAGAUGAAGCAGACGUUCCAGAAGAGGCAAAAGUCUCCACAGUACCAGAGGCUAGCAGAGACACGCCAGACUCUCCCUGUAUCUAAGCAAAGAGACGUUGUCUUACAGAAGAUCAGGUGUGAGAACAUCCUGGUGAUUGCUGGAGAGACAGGAAGUGGAAAGAGUACCCAGAUUCCACAGUUUAUUUUACAGGAUUUCCUGGAAGUGGGUCAAGGUCACAAAUGUAACAUCAUCUGUACUCAACCUCGGCGAAUCUCUGCCAUCAGCUUGGCCAAUCGUGUGUCAGAAGAACUUGGGGAGGCGGGCCCUGGCAGUCCAAACUCUUUCUGUGGAUAUCAGAUAAGGUUUGAGUCAAAGAAGUGCCAGACAACGCGGUUGACCUAUUGCACAACUGGAGUGUUGCUACGGCAACUCCAGCUGGAUCCUCUACUGUCAGAGGUCACUCAUGUUAUUGUGGAUGAGGUUCACGAGAGAACCAUGCAGGCUGACUUUCUCAUGAUUGUUCUAAAAACAAUCCUGACUAAGAGGAAAGAUUUCAAGGUGGUGCUGAUGAGUGCGACAUUGGACAGUGCAAAGUUCUCCUCUUAUUUCUACCACUGUCCAGUUAUUAACAUACCAGGGAAGACAUUCCCUGUAAAGGUGCUCCAUGUAGAGGAUGUUGUAGAAGCUGUAGGAUAUGUCAUAGAAGAAGAUUCUCCUUACUCUCUCCGUAUGGACUCCAUUCUUCAGGAAGAGGAAGCCAGUGUGUCUGUAACAGAAAAGGGAGGAGGACAACAGAAAGUGGACUUAGUCUGGACGAAAGAGGAUUUCUUUUCUAUAGAUAAGAGUGGCCUUAACCCAGAUAGAUACAGCCUGAGGACACGGAACACCCUCACGCGGAUGAAUCCUGACCGUAUUAACAUGGAUCUGAUUGUGGACUUGUUAAAGUUCCUUAGCUCUGACAGAAGUCCAUAUAAGUCUGUAGAUGGUGCAGUGUUGGUGUUUCUACCCGGUCUGGCUGAUAUACAGGAGUUGUAUGAGCUUCUACAGGCAGAUAGACACUUCUCCAACACCAACAAGUAUAAAAUUUUGGCAUUGCAUUCUGUGCUGUCCUCACAAGAUCAAAGUGCUGCCUUUUCAGUGCUGCCACCUGGUGUUCGUAAGGUUGUUAUAGCUACAAAUAUUGCUGAGACAGGCAUUACAAUUCCUGAUGUAGUGUUUGUUGUGGAUGCUGGCAAAGCCAAAGAAAACAGGCAUCAUGAAUCUAGCAGACUGAGUGCCCUUGAAGAAGUAUUCAUCAGCAAAGCCAAUGCGAAACAGCGUGAAGGUCGUGCAGGGCGUGUCCGUGAAGGUUACUGUUUCAGGCUCUACUCUAAACGACUGUUUGAAUCUUUUCGAGAAUUUUCUAUACCUGAGUUGCUACGAGUUCCUCUGGAAGAAUUGUGUCUCCAUAUUAUGAAAUGUGAUUUGGGUGAUCCUCAGAAAUUCCUGUCACAAGCACUUGAUCCUCCUCAGCCUAUGUCAGUUUCCAAGGCAAUGACCUUACUGCAGGAGGUUGGAGCCUGUAUGAUUGGUGACCACACUUUGACACCUCUAGGUCACCAUCUUGCAGCACUUCCAGUUCAUGUCAGGAUUGGCAAAAUGAUGAUAUUUGGUGCCCUUUUGGGUUGCUUAGAACCUGUGGCUGUAAUUGCUGCUGCCAUGACGGGGAAGUCUCCAUUUGUUGUGCCAUUAAACAAACGAGAUGAAGCUGACCUAGCCAAACGAGCCUUUGCCGUGUCCUGCAGUGAUCACCUGACCCUUUAUAACGCUUACCUCAGGUGGAGGAAGUCAGCAGAAGGUGGGAGACAAGCUGAGCUGGACUUUUGUAACAAGUCCUUCCUGAAGAGGAACUCACUAUUAGAAAUUGAGAAUGUGAAGAAAGAUUUAAUAAAACUGGUGCGGUCAAUUGGGUUUGAUUCACCUGAUAAGAUGAAGUUAGGGAACAGCCUCCCUCGUGAGUUGGUUGCCAUGGUGAAGGCUGUUCUAACAGCUGGCCUGUACCCAAACAUUGCCAUGGUCAAGUACGAGGCACCUGUGGAUGCCGCAGCCAAUCCUGAGCAGCGGGCUUGUGUGAUGGAGACGCCCCAUGGGGCAGCUCAGGCCCAUCCAUCCUCCAUCAACAGAUUCCUGAAGGCUAACGGACUUGUAGUGUAUCAUGAAAAGGUGAAGCACACUCGUGUGUAUAUCCGUGAUUCCUCGCUUAUCUCCCCUCAUCCUGUUCUCCUGUUUGGAGGUGAUAUUGAAGUCCGCCACAGACAGCAGGUUGUCAGUGUGGAUAAGUGGCUGAGGUUUCAGACCUAUGCCAGGACAGGUGUGAUUUACAGAGAACUCCGGCUGCUGGUCAACCGUCUCUUACAGGAGAAGCUGGAACAACCUAAUAAAGACCUGAAAGAUAAUCGACUCCUGUCUGUGAUAAUUCAGCUGCUCAAGAUUGAUGCCAGGUGAUGAUAGCUGUUCACAUAUACAUGAUCAUCACAGCUGGAAUUCAUGUGAAGGGGAGCAUAAAUAGACAACACCAUUGAUGAAGAAUGAACCAUAUAUAUUAUUAUGAAUCAGAAAUUUCAUAUCAGAGAUUAUGACUGUUCAUAAAUGCAACAGCUUUAUUUAAUGCAACAUUGUACAGACAUAAAUAUGUUAAAAACAAUGAAAUAAAUCUAUAUCUGUAUUUAUUCGUUUGCUGGACUUGUUUAUGUAAAGUAUGUUGUACAUGAGGACAUAUUAAACAAGUGGAAUAUUACAAAAGAGUGAAUAUAGUGAUACAUGUGGUAGAUUUGGUCAAAUGUGAGUACCAAUACAUGAAAACAUUUGCGAGAUGUAAAUGCACACAGUAAUACAUAUACCUGGAUCACAGAGCUUGCCUCUAGGGAUCAAAUGUCUCAUUUCACGUAUGAGUACCAAUGUUUAUUGAAGUUAAAAUUUUAUUGGAGGUAAACAAAGCUAUUGAAACAAAUAUUCAAAUAUAUACAUGAAUAAGGAUAAUCGCAGUAACAAGAACGCCUUGCUUAUGUCUUGAAUUAAACACAUUUUGUGUCAUUAUGAUGAGGUGACUCUAAUUACUUGUGAACAUUUUUGUUGUCAUUAAAUUUAUUAAUAUGUGGCAGUAUUCUUAUAAUAUUCUAAAUUGUAGGCCAAACACCAUUACAUGUUGGAGAAUAAGCCAGAUAGCAGUUUCAAGUUGGUCACAGUUGAGCAUGAGCAGAAAACAUCAUAAAUACAAGUACAUGGUCCUUUAUGUACCUCUAUUAACAUCACAAACUUCAGUGUAGAGCUCAGGUGUAGUUUUCUUCUCAGUGUUUUUGACUUUUGAGUUUUCCACGUGAAACAGUCCUAGAGCCCAUGUAGGGGUAUAUGUCCAGGUAUAAAGCCCACGUAGGGCUCUAGGGCUGAAAUGUAUGACUGCCUACGGUUACAAUGCUUUUAUCACAGCCACGAGGGAUUGUUUGUCUACCAGCCAUGGAAUUCAGGUCAUGCGCAGUCUAAAAAGUUGUCUGGCUUAUUUGUUUGAACCUCGAGGUUAGUAAAUGGCCAUCAAUCUCUGACAUGAUUGAAGACAAAGUAAAACAUAUAUUGGUCUCUUUUAUAUCAUAUGAUGUCUUGCUUCAUGUGGUGUCAUCAUUAUACGAAAUUGGUCAGAAGUUUGAUUGGCUAACAUCCACUUUACCUGUUUAGAUGCUCUCAUACACCAUAUUGCAAGUUCACAUAAUGAAACCAAAACACAUAUCAGAAUUAAUUCACAUACAAUUUUUAGAAUUUCUUGAUGUUGUCCGUCAAUGUAUGGCCAGAUGGUUCAGUAGACAUCUGGUAACAUAUGACAGAAUAUGACACCAUUUCUGUAUCUUGUCUUCUUCUAUCUGGUAACAAUCGGUGCUGUUGUGAGUGUGUAGAAUUUCUACACACUCAACUUCAGUUUAAUUUAUUAUGUAGCUGUCUACCUUCCACACUUUUAUCUCAUUUUCACAUCACUGAAUCUUCGAAUGGUCACCUUGUUCUUAUCUGCUUCCUUAACGAUGAAUGGAGCCUUACACACCAAAGCUAUUUGGCUUUCAGUAAAGCAGUUAUGACGCCAUGGCAUCAUAGAAGGACAGAAUGUACUAGUAUAUACAUGUAACGAAUGUGUGAGGCAUUCAUGUGACCUAUUUGCCACAGCACAUGUAUUGCUUACGAUUGUACAAAUAUAUGUUCCUGAUUGACAGCAGGGACAGGUCUUGUGUGACCUCUACUGACACCUGUUGUUCUUAUGCCAGUGGCUCAACUUGCCAAUCUUUGCAAAGAAAGGCUUUCUGCCCUCUCAUUCCAUCUCUCCUACUCAGUCUGUCUCCCCUACU